AUGGCUGUGUAUGCAGCUCACUUAACUCGUACUUUACAAGGAACUCCCUCUGUGUUCCAAGUUACCGCUCAAGAGGCUCUGGGAAAUACUGUUAAACCAGCCUUACGAAGACUAGUUCAGUAUUUAGCAUCAGUUUACCCAAAUAAAUGUGGAUGGUGUGAGAGAUGGUACGAUGAACUGUACUUAUUACUAGAUUAUACUCUACAAUACCAUUAUCUCAAACAUUAUGCUGCAUCAUUCUCGGAAUGUUUCUAUGGGCUUCAUCGAGUCGCAAUUUCACCAAAUACAGAGUUCGAUUCUGGUUCAAGACUACCAGAAACCUUAGAACGAGGGUCCUUAGCAUUGUUAGUGUUAGUGCCGUAUAUAAGAGAUAAAGUUGAGAAAUUUGUGGAGAUAUGGAGGGAGGACUCGGAGGACGGGAGAUUGGGUAAGAACAAAAAGGAUGAAGCCAAGAAAGCAGCAGUUAAGCUUUAUACAAUAAUCCACUUCGUAACUGAGGCCUCCAGGCUCAUAGUUCUAGCCAGGUACCUGACAGGCAAACACCAAGCUCCGACGCUACCCUUGUAUAUGCUUGGCUUGACAUUAAGUAAUGCACCUCCAGAAGAGCCUGACGAGAACACUUGGACCGACUUCUAUAGAAGUAUACUGGCUGGACAGUUUGGGAGUGCAGUGGUGACGUUCCCCAUGGUGUACCGCGCGCUGAGCGGCGCGGCGCAGCACGGCGCCUUCGCGGUGCAGAUGCUGCGCUGGUGGGGGGCGCGCGCGCCGCUCGCCCUGCGCGCGCUGCCCGCGCCGCCGCCGCCGCCGCCGCAGCAGGCGCAGGCGAGCGCGCCCGUGAACGCGUGCCCGCUGUGCCGGCAGCCGUGGCGCGCGCCCGCCGCGCUGCCCGUGUCCGGCUACGUGUUCUGCUACACGUGCAUCUCGCGCGCACUGCGCGGCGCCGCGCGCUGCCCCGUCACGGGGCUGCCCGCCGCCGACCGCGACCUCGUGCGGCUCUACCUGGACGUG